GGACGGCCCCGCGCGCUGGACGCUGCUGCUGAGGACACGGCGGGGACGCGAGCGGGAGCGAGCGUGCGCGUGCGUGCGCGGCAGACAUGUCCAGGAUGAGUCAGUGGUGGUGCGAAUGAGAGUGAGAGAGAUAGAGUGCGCGACAGUGCCCGACACAGGAGUAUAGUGCAACGACAACAUGGCCGUCAUGGCCCGGACUAGCGCGCCGCUGCUCGGGCUGCUUGGAUUAACUGGCGUGGUGCUGGUGCUCGCCGUCAGCAUGGAGGGAGCGGAUGGUCUGUUCUGGAACGCCAUGGACCUGCGGUACUGGAAGUGCAUCUACAAACGGACCAACACCUGCCCCGACCCGGACAUCCAGUUCUACAUGUACUCGAGCCACAGCCCGUACAGGAAGAAGAUCGACAUGAGGUCCACGACGGCGCUGCGGUACGGUGGCUGGGACCCGCACAAGAAGAACGUCAUCAUCGUGCACGGCUUCAACUCGACGGAGCGCAAGGCGCCCAUGACCAUCAUCCGGGACGCCUUCCUGUCGCGGGGCGACUACAACGUGUUCACGGUGGACUGGGAGCCGCUCACCAUCUUCCCGUGCUACCUGUCGGCGCUGAGCAACACCCGCCUCGUGGCGCAGUGCGCGGCGCAGCUCUACUCGCACCUCACGGCGCACGGCGCGCACGCCAAGGACACGCUGUGCGUCGGCCACUCGCUGGGCGCGCACAUCUGCGGCAUGAUGAGCAACCACCUCGACAAGAAGAUGCACAAGAUCAUCGGGCUGGACCCGGCGCGGCCGCUGCUCGACCGCUACGGCAAGCGCGCGCUAAAGCUGACCCGGGACGACGCGCACAUAGUGCACGUGGUGCACACCAACGCCGGCAUGCUGGGCGAGGAGCCGCAGGUCGGCCACGCCGACUUCUGCAUCAACGGCGGCCGCGUGCAGCCCUCGUGCAAGGGCCACCGACUGCGCAAAUCGCGAUGCAGCCACUUCUUGUCGGCGUGCUACCUGGCCACGGCGGUGGCGCACCCGGGCCGCUGGUACGCCACGCCAUGCACCAGUCGCUGCCGACCCCUGGCCGGGUCGCUCAUCGCCAACCCCGGGCCCAGGAUGCCGUUCGGAGAGCACACCCCCGACAGCGCGAGCGGCACCUACUGCAUGGCCAUGCGGCUCCACAAAGACUGCCCCUUCGACUGAGGCCCCGCCCUCCUGGCACCCAAGACUAGCAAACCAAAAAAUGCUCAUUUAAUUUAAUUUUGUCGCGUAGCGCGUGUUUCCGAGCACGCGUUGGUGCAGAAGGUUUUGCCUACCCGCGGGCGCUGUGGCGCCUGACGGGCAGAGGUAGUUGGUAAACCCUUUCGCACGGCGCUUGCACCGAAACAUUCGGUACGUGUCGUGCCUGUGUGUGUGUGAAUGUGUCUGGAGUUGCGUUAUCAACUGACGUUAUUUAUUAUGUGUUUGUUUUUAUUUAGUUGCAUACUGCGAAUUUCUGGCCAUACUACCGAAUUACUGGAACACGUUUUUAAAAAAUGGCGAUUUUUUAAAGAACAAAAUAGUAACGAGAAUGAAAGGAGACAAUCAUAUUUGACUUUGUGAAUACGUAGUCUAUAUGAAAGACGGGUACUUUACACUGAUAAUAGUCAAGUCAAUAGUUUUACUUGUAAAAAUUGCACUGUUAAUGUUUGAAUUAACGGUAGGAUGAUGUAGCCUGCUGUCUCAGCAUCAGCAGGAUUACUUGAUUUUGCCAUACGUUUUGUUAAUUUGUUGUCUGUUACGUUUUUGUUGACUUCGUUGUAAUUAUAUGUGGUCGUGUUUUAAUUUAUUGCGAUGUGAUUGUGGUGAGCGUCAGUCUUUUUGAGGCAGGGUCUUUUUCUCUUGAUGACAAAGUACAAAACUUUACAACCGUUAGUUCGUUCUUGACGGCGUGUGCCUGGCGCUCAGCCAAAACAAACUGUUUUGCGAGAUCGUUCCGAACCGUCACCGCCGAUGAUGUGCUGUAUACGGUAGGCUACUGUCUUUGAGGUGCGCUGCCAUGUCAGUUUAACAAAACAUGUCAACAGCAUCCUCCUUGUUAAUAUGUAAUAUAUCUCUAAUAUUUAAAUAUACUUUACAUACUUUUAA